UCUCUGCUGCUUUCACUUCCUCCUCUCUUUCUCUUUCCUUCAGGCUUUAAACCUUCAACAGGAUUGUUUUUGAAAACCUUUUUUCCUCCAACCUUUUUCUUUUUUUGGCCUAAGCAAGAAGGCCAUCUGGAAGCUCCUAACCUUUCAGCUCUUUCUUCAAGCAUCAGUCUGUUGACAUUUUUCUAUGAGGCUCUAGCAUCAGUGUUUUUUUCAUCAGGGUGAACAAAAUGCCACGCUCCUUUUUGGUGAAGCAGCCGAAGGUGCACGACUUCUCAUCUUCCAGUUACUACCACCAUCAGCAGCAUCAGCAGCAGUGGGAUGACUCUUACUCUGUGACACAUGCCAUCACUGAGUCUGCCACCAACUUGGCGGUGCGUUUGAGUGAAAACGGUUACAUCCACGAUUACAUCAUCCCCUCGGUGCUGUCGAGCACAAAGGAGUCACAUCAUGGGCAAACCAGACUCUCCUCCCCAGGGCCCCUGUACUCCCCAGGUGGCAGUGCUGGCGAAGAGUUCUCCGACCAUGACAUGGAGCAUCCAGACAGCCCCGUCUCCAGCAGCACAGCUGAGUCAGACACCAGCGGCCCUGAGCUGGAGUCGUGCGGCAUCAACGCUUUCCUAGUAUCGGACGGCCGCUCUCGCCGACGACCCAACAAGAGGUGUUCCUGGAAAGGAGACAGCCAGUCAGACAUCAGCGAAGAUUUGGAGUCAGCAGACUGCAGCCCAACCAAAGGAAAAUCCAAAGGGCGCCACGCCUGCGGCGAGUGUGGCAAGUCCUACGCUACAUCGUCCAAUCUCAGCAGACACAAGCAGACGCACCGCAGCCUGGACAGCCAGCAGGCCCGGAAGUGUACCAUCUGCCACAAAGUGUAUGUGUCCAUGCCGGCACUGGCCAUGCACAUGCUAACCCACGACCUGAAGCACGAGUGCACGGUGUGUGGGAAGGCCUUCAGUCGACCCUGGCUCCUGCAGGGCCACAUGAGGUCCCACACUGGGGAGAAACCAUUCGCCUGUGCCCACUGUGGCAAAGCAUUCGCCGACCGCUCAAACCUGCGGGCCCACAUGCAGACGCACUCGGCCUUCAAGCACUACGCCUGCAAACGCUGCAACAAAAGCUUCGCCCUGAAGUCGUACCUAAACAAGCACUACGAGUCAGCCUGCUUCAAAGGGCCCGAAGAAGAGGGCGACUGCAGCUCUGAGGACUGAUGCAGAAAUAUCAACCUCUCUCAUUUCUAUUGAUACACUUUUUAAAGUUCAUACACCAGAGUCAGAGAAACGCCCAUCACUUCUUCUUCCUCUUCUUCUUCCUCUUCUUCUGCUUCUCAGGCUUUUCACCUGCAUGCAUCAUAAUCCUGCCUUUUGAUAAGCAAUAACCUCACUUUGAAUGAUUCAGGAAUUCUGUAUAAAAUUCACUAAAGUCACUG